GCAGGUUACCGCUCUCUCGUCUAAAUACGCUGUGCCUAAAGUAGUUCGGCUGGCGGAAGAGCACGGGCUGAGCGUCUGCCGCUGCCGCCAGAGAUGGCAGGGGAGCAGCGGGCAGGAGGGAGAGGAGAGGCCGGGGAUCCGCCUGCGGCCCCUAUGCGGGUCCUGCAGAGCCUGAGAGUGAAGAUAUGUGAGGCAAAAAAUCUGCUGCCGUACCCGGGACCCAACAAAAUGAGAGACUGCUUUUGUACUGUGAAUCUGGACCAGGAGGAGAUCUUUAGGACCAAUGUUGUUGAAAAGUCGCUCAAACCAUUUUAUGGUGAAGACUUCUACUUUGAAAUUCCAAGAGCAUUCCAAAAUUUAUCCUUUUAUAUCUUUGAUAAAAAUGUUUUACAACGAGAUCUCCGAAUAGGUAAGGUCGCCAUUAAAAAAGAUGACUUGUUCAGGUACAGCGGUAAAGAGCCCUGGUUUCCACUUCAGCCAAUUGAUUCCAACUCUGAAGUCCAGGGAAAAGUCCAUCUGGAGCUGAAAUUGAAUGAGCUGAUUACAGACAAUGGAUCUGUGCAGCAGCUUAUGGUACACGUAUUGGAAUGUGAGGGAUUACCACUUGUGAAUGGGCAGAGCUGUGAUGCAUACGCUGCUGUGUCUCUUGUUGGCCCUUCUAGGAACGACCAAAAGAAAACCAAAGUGAAGAAGAAAACCAGCAACCCCCAGUUCAAUGAGAAGUUUUACUUUGAGGUGACGAGGUCGAGCAGCUACACUAAGAAGUCCCAAUUCCAAGUAGAGGAAGAAGAUAUAGAAAAACUCGAAGUGAGAGUGGAUCUAUGGAACAAUGGAAAUCUUGCUCAAGAUGUUUUUCUUGGAGAGAUCAGAACUUCAGUGAGUGUUUUGAGGAAUGAUUCGAUCCACAGGGCAUGGUAUCUUCUCCAGCCAAAAGACAACGGAAGUAAAUCUUCGAAGUAUGAUGACCUGGGCUCCAUUAGACUUAGUAUAUGCUAUACAGAGGACUAUGUGCUCUCUUCAGAGUUCUAUGCGCCUCUGAGGAGUCUUCUGGUGAAAUCAUCAGACUUUCAGCCCAUCACUGCCUCAGCUGCCUUUAUCCUGGGAGAAGUGUGUCGAGAUAAAAAUGAUGCUGUCCUCCCGCUGGUUCGGCUCCUUCUCCACCACCAGAAACUAGUACCGUUUGUGGCAACCAUAGCACAAUUGGACCUGAACGACACACAAGAAGCGAAUACUAUUUUUCGAGGAAACUCCCUGGCCACUCGUUGCAUGGAUGAGACAAUGAAGAUAGUCGGUAACCAUUAUCUGAAAGUGACCCUGAAGAGUGUUGUAGAUGAGAUAUGCGAUUCCCUGAAGCCCUGUGAAAUAGACCCUAAUCGCCUGAGAGAGGGGGACAAUGUGGAAAACCACAAGGACAAUCUGAGAAGUUAUGUGGACAAAGUUUUCUCAUGUAUAGUCAAAUCCAGCAUGAGCUGCCCCACUGUGAUGUGUGACCUGUUCUCUACACUGCGCCACAUGGCCGUCCGGCACUUCCCUAAUGACCCUCAUGUACAGUAUUCAGCAGUCAGCAGUUUUGUCUUUCUCCGAUUCUUUGCUGUGGCCGUUGUGUCCCCUCAUAUAUUCCACUUGAGAUCCCACCACCCAGAUCCAGCAACAUCACGUAUUUUGACUCUCGUUUCCAAAACCAUCCAAACCCUUGGGUGUGUGGGCAAUUUAUCAAAAAGCAAAACUUCUAGCUUCAAAGAGCCAUUCAUGUGUGAUUUCUACAAGAUGUUUGAAGAAGAAACCUACACAGCUGAUGUUAAAAAGUUCUUAGAGGAAAUAUCAUCGACUGAAAGUAAAGAGCCAAGUGGAAUGAGUGAGUCUGUUAUCCUAAAAGAUGGAGAGAUGCAAAAACGUGCCCAAGGUCGAACCCGUAUUGGAAAAAAGAAUUUUAAGAAGCGCUGGUUUUCACUUACAAGUCGAGAAUUUUCAUACCACAAGCAGAAAGAUAAAGAUCCAAUGUUUCGUAUUCCUAUUAAAACUAUAUUGGCUGUGGAGAAGCUAGAUGAAAAUGCCUUUAACAGGAACAAUAUGUUCCAAGUGAUCUAUGGAGAGAAGCCCCUUUACAUCCAGGCCAACAACUGUGUAGAGUUGAAUGAAUGGAUAGAGGUGCUGAGUAGAGUAAGCCGACGCAAUCAGGGGAGACUCUGCAAAUAUCACUCCUCUGCAUUCAUAAAUGGAGCCUGGCUCUGCUGCAAGGCAUCAUCUGAAAGUGCUGAAGGCUGCCAUGUGUGCACUGUAAAUGUUCCAGCUGACGUAGCAUUGGAUAUAGAUGGAGACCGUGAAUGUGAGAGGAUAUAUUCCCUAUUCAGCAGGAGCAUGCCAAAACUACAGAAGAUGGAAGAGGCUUGUGGUAGCAUUGCAGUGUAUCAAGGUCCACAGGAGCACAGUGAAUACCACUUUACCAUCGAUGAUUCCGUGGAGACCUUCAAGACCAUCCAACAAAUUAAAGCAAUAGUAGAGAAGCUAAACGAACCUCACGAGAAAUACAAACGACAUUGUACAAGUGCAAAAUAUGGCAGCCAAGAAAAUCCAAUCGUGGGGAAAGGAUCAUAGCAGACACAAGAACCCGGGCUAUAGAACUGGAACAAAGUAAUGCCAGAAGAUAAAUUCACAGCCACAAUCAAUGCUGGAGUUUUUAACAAUGUGGCAAGAACUUUUACACCUGUUUUGCAGGAAUAAUUCUGAAGACCUGGGAGAAAAUAGCUAAAGCCCUGAGAAAAUGGAGUCAGUAUCUACUAGCAGAGCCAGAUAUUGAUUUUUUCUUGGCCUGUGACAACCUUUACACUGCAGGCAGUGCCAUGUAUACAUACAGAUGCUGCCUUUCAUUUCUCAGUCACAUCCCCCAGGAAGUCACACUUCACGUUUGAGUUGUCUUUUCUCGACUUAGCUAUUGAGACUGUAAUCACUGAUAGAAGAGGCCACUCGCAUGAGUGUUUAGAAGUCCUGUUAGGUGAGCUUAGCGUCGUACAAUCACACACAAUCCAGAUAAGCCCCCCCCCCAUGUCUCAUUCCGUGAGCAACCCGGGACUGAGUGAGAAGUGUGAUUGCCAGUUUACAAGGAGUUGUGGUUCAAUGAUGGUUGAGGAGUCCUGGCAGAAAGCCACAUUGGACUGUACCACAUAUCCCUGCACUAGACAAUUCAGGGUAUUCAGACCUGUUUUCCUUUAAACGGUACACAUUGAUUUUAAUGUUAUUUAUUUUUUUUCCUGCUUGCUAAUUUUCUUUUCAUUUUCACCUUUUCAAGUGAGUAUUU